AUGGGGUGCGAAGGACAGGGCAACUGGGAGGGGUGUAAGGGGCAGAAGGUGGGGUACGAGAGGCAGGGCAAGGAGGGGGAGGGUUGUAAGGGGCAAGGCAAGGGAGAGGGUUGUGAGGGGCAGGGCAAGAGGGAGGGUUGUGAAGGGCAGGGCAAGGGAGUGGGAUGUGAGGGGCAAGGCAAAGAGGAGGGGUGUGAGGGGGACGGGAGGUCCCGCACACUGACCCCCCUGGAGAAGCUGAACCACGAUGUGACACACGAUGAGAGGACCAUAAAGGAGGUGACCCUCGGCCGCAGGAUCGGGUUUUACCGGCUCCGUGGGCAGAUCGGCAGCGGCAACUUCUCCCAGGUCAAACUCGGCAUCCACGUGCUGACCAAAGAGAAAGUGGCCAUUAAGAUCCUGGACAAGAGUAAGCUGGACCAGAAGACAGAGCGGUUGCUGUCCCGUGAGAUUGCCAGUAUGGAGCGGCUGCACCAUCCCCACAUCAUCCGUCUGUAUGAGGUGAUAGAGACCCUCACCAGACUGCACCUGGUGCUGGAGUAUGCUGCCGGGGGUGAGUUGUUCACCAGCGUCAGCACCGAGGGACCCCUCCCCGAGGACCUCGCACGCAAGCUCUUCGCUCAGAUUGUCUCUGCCGUCCAGCAUAUGGUGAGCACCGGGUGUGGGGGGACAGAACUGAGAGUCAGGUAGAUAUCAGUCAUGAUUAAACAGAAUAGUGCAACAGGCUUGAGUCGCUGAAUGGCCUACUCCUGUUCCUAUGAGUAACACUCACU